AUGGCAUUAACAUCAACUUCUGAUAGCCUUCUCUUAAUUGACGACUUCUACUUCUCAGCUCUCUGUGACGAAGAAGAAGUAUUUCCAAUCUCAGAUGAGAAAUACGCGCAAGAGUUACAGCUUCAAGAAGCUCUCAUGUCCUCAGCAAUCUCUUCAACAAUGAAAAGCGAAUCACGAGUGGAGGAAGAAACUGGUGAAUCUACUCAAAGCUUCUGCGCGAUUUGCAUGGAUUGGAAACCAACCAGGGAAAUGGUCAUCAACAAUAGCUGCGCCCACUCGUUUUGUUCGGAUUGUACUGGCAAAUAUGUUGCAAUAAGUAUACAGGAAAAUAUAUCAACGGUAAAGUGCCCUGAUCCGAAAUGUAGAGGCCUCUUGGAGCCUCAGUUUUGCCGUUCCAUUAUUCCGCCAGAAGUGUAUGAUCGAUGGAACGAUGCCCUUUGUGAAUCCUUGAUUCUUGCGGCUGAGAAGUUUUACUGCCCAUUCAAGGACUGUUCGGCUAUGCUUGUCGACGACGGAGGGGAGGUUGUGACUAGAGCGGAGUGUCCGGACUGUAGAAGACUGUUCUGUGCUCAGUGCAAGGUUUCAUGGCAUGCAGGGAUUGAAUGCAGGGAAUUUCAAGAACUAAGCAAAGACGAAAGAGAGAGAGAAGAUAUCAUGGUGAUGGACCUUGCUAAGACCAAAAAAUGGAAGAGAUGUGUGGUUUUCAAUUUUGUUAUGGCUGCGGAUCUAAUUGGAGUCAAUCCCAUGGAUGUUGAAAAUAUCAAGAACGAGGACAAAGGCCCCCAUGUACCAAAUUUGGGAGGCCGCAUGCUAGAGAGUACAGAACGAGAGCCGGGACAUGCUUCUGUUGUGGUCAUGCGGGCCACAAAGAUUGCCCCGCGGCAACCAUGGGAGGAGCAAGGCCGCAAAGAGGCAGCAAUCAGCAAGGACAAAGACCACUUGCCCAGGCUCAAGUGUAUGUACUCACCCCAGGAGAGGUUGACACGAAGGCAAAAGAAGCUGAAGUGGUGA